CAACCCACCUUUAAAUGCCAACCCUGUACUUCUCUCUUGCUUUUCCCUUUCCUUCCUAUCGUCUUCCUCUCCUCCAUCACCAACCCCGCCCCGCGCCCCCUUCACCGAGGUCUCCCCUCCUCCAUUCCUCUCGAUCUUUGGUUCCCUCCGACCCAUUGCGUCGGAGCAUCUGAUCUUCCAUUGACGAUCCUCUCUGAAUCAGAAGCAAUCAUCAACUAUUUAACCGAACCGCCCCUGGCUCUCCUUCCGAUCUCUCAAAGAUUGAAAGAAAGAUCCUUUUCUUUCUCCUCGCCUCUUCGAUUUUCCUUUGGUACUUGGAUGCCGCUCUAGCUGCAUUUGUUCUUUCGCUUCCUUUGAUUCGUCUUGAGUUGCUACUUCGCUUUUGGGGUUGAAGCUUCAUGUCUUAAAACUCUUUGCUUGGUGACUGGAAUAUCGAAAAGAUCAGACCAGCAAAACUGAAACAAAAAAAUGUCAUCUCCUGACUCAUUAAACACAGAGUUAUCGCAGAAGACACCAGUCUUUGGUCUGAGACUUUGGGUUGUCAUUGGCAUCUGUGUUGGCGUGUUGAUUGUGUUUAUUCUCUCUAUCCUAUCGAUAUGGGUCACAUCCAAGAGGAAGACAAAAAGGAAUUUUGACAACUUACCUAUCUCGCAAAUCCCAAAUGUCUCCAAGGAAAUUACGGUCGACAGAGUUGGUAAUCAUUGUUUUGCUCAAACUUUCCCGGAGAGGGAAGGGCCUUUCUUCCUCUCACAUGACAACUAUAGUGAUAUGGAUUCUGGAAAGACACUUGCACACUUGACCUUGAACAAGUCGAGUGAUGCUGAUAACAUGAGCCAGAGUAGCUCAGUCUACCACAAUGAUAGGGCUGGGAGUUCAUAUUCUGGUGAUGAAGGUAGCUCAGGACCCACUAGGAAAGCAUAUACAGGAUAUGCACUUGUGUCCGCAUCUCCUUUAAUUGGACUGCCAGAAUCCUCGCAUCUCGGAUGGGGUCACUGGUUUACUCUAAGGGACCUUGAGCUUGCUACAAAUCGAUUCUCCAAGGAAAAUGUACUUGGGGAAGGCGGAUAUGGAGUUGUUUAUCGGGGCCGUUUGAUAAAUGGAUCUGAGGUUGCAGUCAAGAAACUUCUGAACAAUCUGGGACAGGCAGAGAAGGAGUUCAGAGUGGAAGUCGAAGCCAUCGGUCAUGUUCGACACAAAAAUCUAGUGAGGCUUUUGGGAUACUGUAUAGAAGGAAUUCAUAGGAUGCUUGUGUAUGAGUAUGUCAACAAUGGAAAUUUGGAGCAGUGGCUACAUGGAGCUAUGCGCCAACAUGGUGUCCUUAGUUGGGAGAACCGCAUGAAGGUUAUCCUUGGCACUGCAAAGGCGCUUGCUUAUUUGCAUGAAGCUAUUGAACCAAAAGUUGUUCACCGAGAUAUUAAAUCAAGUAACAUCUUGAUUGAUGAUGAGUAUAAUGGAAAGAUAUCUGAUUUUGGAUUGGCUAAGCUUUUGGGUUCUGAUAAGAGCCACGUUGCAACUAGAGUAAUGGGAACAUUUGGGUAUGUGGCUCCUGAAUAUGCUAACACUGGACUUCUAAAUGAGAAGAGUGAUGUUUAUAGUUUUGGAGUAUUGUUACUGGAGACCGUGACCAGCAGGGAUCCUGUGGAUUACAGCAGGCCAGCAAAUGAGGUGAAUCUAGUGGAGUGGCUCAAAAUGAUGGUUGGAAAUCGGAGAGCAGAGGAAGUAGUGGAUCCAAAUCUUGAGGUCAAACCAGCUACGCGAGCUCUUAAACGUACCCUUUUGGUUGCACUGAGAUGUGUUGAUCCUGAUGCUGAUAAAAGACCCAAGAUGGGCCAGGUUGUUCGAAUGCUCGAAGCAGAUGAAGUUUCAUAUCGUGAGGAUCGGAGAAACAGAAGGAAUCAGACAGGUAACGUGGAGAUAGAGGCCCAGAAGGAGAGUAACAGUUCAAGUGAUAUGGAAAAUAAAGUGGGAAGAAGAGAGUUUCAAACUUCUGAAAGGUUUCAGGCAUAAGGAUGUUUGUUAGUUAUAUCACACAUGCAGCAAGAAGCCAGUGAUUGACACUCUCUCUUUGCUAACGAGAUCGAACUACUUUUUGACAUUCAGGACCAACUGAAGGAUGAAUUUUCUGGCUCUUCUGUUAUGGUGUUACUUCUGUAGUGGGCAUCCAUCAGGUGAAGAGCAAACUCAUCAUUUUGGAAGUUCCUGAUUACCUAGUGGAGUUAGAUUUCUUGUACAGAAACCUAUUUUGAAGUCGAAAAUCUUCAUUGGCCUUACAUAAUUUUAUCCUUUGGUUUUGUUUCAUUAUUCUCCUCUUGACUCCAACUUUUCAAUUGUUUUGCCCUUUACUCCAUGUCCAAAAAGGCAUGAUAAGUAAUCAUUUCAUCUUUUGCCUGGGGUUCCUUUA